UCACACCAUAGACUACGAAAUAGAGCCACACUGAUCAAAUCAUGUUAAACGAAGGGCAUGGACAGACCGUCCCUACAGAAAUUGGUCAUCAAACAUGAGCCAUCAGCAUGGUGAAGUUUAAUACUUCAGAAUCACCCUCCCAGAAGAUUUGAAGGUUGCCGUGAUGGGUGAGCGGUCGGUGGUCAGUCCCCCAACAGGGAUCACCCCUGUGCAGCAGAUGCUGGCGUCAGGCACAGGGGCCCUCUUGACAUCCCUUUUUGUAACUCCGCUGGACGUUGUCAAGAUCAGGCUACAAGCGCAACAGACUCCUUUCCACCAAGCUUUCACAUCUGAAACGGGUUCAUGGACUAAGGUUAUCAGACCCUCAAAGUGGAAGUGCUUCCUGUAUUGUAAUGGACUCAUGGACCACAUUUACGUCUGUCAGAACGCCACCAGCUGUUCCAGCUGGUACAAAACCCCAACCCACUUCAGUGGGACACUGGAUGCCUUUGUGAAGAUCACACGGCAUGAGGGGGUCAAGUCUCUCUGGAGUGGCCUUCCACCUACACUAGUGAUGGCAGUUCCCGCCACCAUCAUAUACUUCACCUGCUAUGACCAGCUGAGGGACUUUUUGCGCUACGGCAUGGGUUACCAAGGCAACCAUGUCCCCCUCAUAGCAGGAGGCUUAGCCAGAUUGGGCGCAGUGACCGUGAUCAGUCCACUGGAGCUGAUCCGCACCAAGAUGCAGUCCCGCCGGCUGACCUACGGGGAGCUGAGCGUCUGUAUUCGCUCGGCGGUGGCCCAGGACGGCUGGCUGUCCCUCUGGAGAGGCUGGGGACCAACUGUCCUCAGGGACGUGCCUUUCUCAGCGCUGUACUGGUUCAACUAUGAGCUGGUGAAAGCCCAUCUCUCUGAGGACUGCAGAGCUCCUCACUCAACCUUUGCCAUCAGCUUUACUUCCGGGGCCAUCUCAGGAGCGGUUGCCGCAGUGAUGACCCUGCCCUUUGACGUGGUGAAGACCCGCCGGCAGAUAGAGCUCGGGGAGAUGGAGACGCGAGCAGCCUCCAUGAAGAAGCCCUCGUCGACAUGGCACCUCAUGAAGACUAUCUGUGCAGAGUCAGGGUAUAAGGGAUUAUUCGCUGGCUUCCUUCCUCGGGUCAUCAAAGUAGCCCCAGCCUGUGCUGUUAUGAUCAGCACGUAUGAGUUUGGCAAGGCCUUCUUCCAGAAGCACAAUCAGGCCGUUGAGCAGCAGGGAAUCUAAGCGGUGGAAAUCGGAGGUGUGGUGGAGGCCCUCUCACCCUAAGACCCCCAAAGCUCUUGACCCCAACGACCCCCAGGUUCCCUGCCGCAAUGCAGCCAAAGCUGUGGCCUCGUACUGACGUAAAGAUUGCGAUACAAUAGAGGCUACUUGUCUGGGUCUUACGGUGGUCAGCUGUGGUGGUGGGGGUCAGGUCAGGCAAGGGAGGGGUUUGUCCUCAGAUGUCCUUGGCUUGUUGCCAUGGAAACCUUGCUUCACACAUCUCUUUAAAACUUUGCCAGUGGGAAUGUUGCCUCGGCCAAAAAUAUGUGACACUGUUGAGUGGUUUGCUGUGAUGCUGUUCGGCUAAAGCCUUCUGAGCUCCUGAGACACACGCCAACGUUACAAGACACCCAUGGGAGAAACUGACUGGUUGAACAAUUCAUUCCUCGGUCAUAGGAUCCCUGCCUUGUAGGCAGACUUUGCAAAGUCUUUUUGAUGCCUUAUGAAUUGGAAUGAAGUCAAUGCAUGCUGCAGAGCCCAGCUCCUGAAUAAGGCAUGUGCAUUGUCUGUGCUAACUUCCUAUGAUGACUUACCCAUGCCUGUUGAAUGAGCCUCCAUUUCUCAACAGUGCGUGUGUGGAGCACUGCAAGUUCCCUAUGGUCUGUGAAUAGACAGCCCCCCCUGCUGGAUGUUUUCAUAAACAUACCUCAGGAGGGGCUUCGACUGGAGUUGAUGUGCAGAUCUUGCACAGUUUUCCGUCUGAUAGAAGCCACUGAGGACUAAUGUGAUUAAUUUACCAGGUGUUUUUUUUUUUCAUGCAAAAUAGCAGCAUGGGCUCAUUAUGUUCAAAUUGCGAUACAUUUCCAAGGCAAUGGUUUGCCGACUGUUGUUAUUAUAGUUUUCUACUGCAAUGACACUCUCUAGUGAGUUCUAUGAACAUGUUCUGUUUAUAAACUAUUUUCCCUUCAAUGUGAAAAGAAGGUCCAAAUUCUCUGCUUCUAUACAUGUGUUUUCUUUGUAUUUCAGAUUUAGUUUUCUGAUUUUUUUUUUUUUCCUGAACCAAACAUGUUUGAUCAGUGAUUGCUGUCCAAUAUGCGAAAUGACAGGCAGUUUUAGGACUGGUAGAGUACUAUAUGUCACUGGAUUUCUGAUGCUAGUUGAAUGUAAGGUUUGAUGUAAACAGUUCUGUAUGUUUCAGGACAUUCUUGAAAUUGUUUACCAUACUUUAAUAAAAUAUGUGAUUACUCUUGA